CUGUAACGCGAUAAGGACGAGGGGACAAAAUAUUUGGACAGGAGCAGUGACAAUGUAGAGAUUUGCCCUUCAUAAAACAACAAUACGGCAGCUUCUGCAAGACUGACAGCGUCCUUGACAAAUCAGGGUUCGCCCACACAGAAACAAGCAGCCAAUGUGUACUGGCGGGAGGAGGGAGCCAGGACUUACUUUUGAUGACAGGCGAUCGAUUUGUUUCCAUGUUAGUGUUGGAGGCAAGGCUGAAGCAGAGCUUAAAAAUUUCAGCCCUCAUUAUCGGCGGCAAUAUCCUGUGACCUUCUUCAAUCACAUUCGACGUGAGAUAGAACAAGACAGGGAGACUCAGCCCCAACUGCUAAACCGUAAGGUACUGUAUCUGAUUUCCCCAGCAGAAACUGGGAAAGUGGUUUAUGAACAAGAAGUGAUCCAAUACGUGGAAGAGUUCAAGAAAUGGAAAGACCGAUACAUUGUCAUAAGAAAUGACAACAGCAUUGAAUGCUAUGAAAACAAGGACGUCUAUCAGAAAGGAGGCGGCCCAAAAUGUAAAGUGUUUCCGACUGGCUGCAGGGUGUUGACAUCUAUGACUGACUACACGCUGCUGGUGGAUAAAUAUUUCCCUGACCUCAGUGGGCCCAAUGGGAAAGAUGGUAAUCAGAGCCUUCUUGUUAACCACACCCAGUAUCCAGUGUAUCUGUGGCACCCGUUUCGAAAGCACAGCUACUUCUGCUGUGAGAAUGAGGAGAAACAGCAGGGGUUUGGUGCUGCCCUUCAUGCGUGUAUUCGUCACCUUAACUACGAAUUUGCAAAGCAAAAUACGCUUGAAGCCCAAGUUUUUUCAGAAGCCAUUCAAUUCUUCAGACAGGAAAAAGGCCACUAUGGGUCCUGGGAAAUGAAUCAGGGCAAUGAAGUGCUGAUCCUGAGCAACCAGGUGAUGGAAGAAUUGCUGCCUUCCCUGCAGAGUGAUCUUUUGCCAAAACUGAAGGGGAAAAAGAACGAAAAGAAAAAAGUUUGGUUCGGUAUUGUGGAAGAGGCUUACAAUUUAGUACAAACCCAACUUGCCGCAGGUUUGCAGUCCUUACAUGAUGAGUGCAAAAAAUCCAGCAAGGAAAUGGAAGGGAUAAUUCGUUCAGACAUGGAUCAGAUCAUUUCUUCAAAGGAAUUCACAGCUGGAAAACUUAAAGCAACGGUGAUUGAGACGGCUGAGCAGUGCUGCCUUGAGAACAUUCAACCCUACCUGGCUUCUAUACUGGAGGAGCUGAUGGGACUGAUCAGUUCAGGAUUCAGCGAAGUCCGCACCCUCUUUGAAAAUGAGGUCGAUGAAUUGAGCACAAAAUAUCAGGAUGCUGGCAACGCUGAGAAACUGAAAGAGUACCUAGCCCAGCUAAUGAACCUUCCUUUUGAUGCUGUGAAGAUGCAAUCAUGUUACAAUAAAGUCAGCCCUCUUCAAGACCAGCUGCAAGAUUUGAAGAGCCGCUUCAAGUUCACCAAUACCCCGUGGCUUGUUCAAACAACUCAAAACUUCAUGCAAGAGCUGAUGGACAAUGCAGUCUACACAUUUGAAAAACUGUUGUCUGACUCAUUAACGACCAAGACAUCAAAAACCAUAACCCCCAUUGAAAAGGUUAAGCAACGAGUUUUAAAGCAAUACGACCAUGACAGCAGCACACUAAGGAAGAGGCUAUUCCAGGAAGCUCUGGUGCAGAUUACAUUGCCGACACUGCAGAAAACAUUGGCACCAAGUUAUAAGCGUGAACUUCAGAAAUUUGAGCAAUACAUCUUCGCAGACUACACAAAACUCGUUCAAGUGGAGAACAUCUACGAAGAAAUUUUACUUCACACCAUUAUCAGGGAAGUGGUCAAAGUGGUGCAAGAAGCUGCCAUGUUGAAAAAACAUAAUCUGUUUGAAGACAACUUGCCCUAUACCAGUGAUAGCGAUGGUAAUCUCACGGAUAAAAAUGAAGGAAAGACACCACCAGGUUCUCAACCCAGGAGCCCAGCCAAAACAUCACCAGCAGGCUCAUGUGCUGAGGAACUGGAAGUCAGUAAAAAAGUGAUUUCACAAAAUUCUGCUCCAACGUCGGAUAUUCUGUUGAAUGAGAAACAGGAAAGUGAACAGUCAUCAGCUUCUCAUGAGAAUUCUGGUAAUGAGAUACUUCACGCCAAGCAUAAUGGAGAGGUGAUGGCCCAACUUGAUAUAAAUGCAGUACAGGAAAACAGUACAGCCACAGGGAUUUAUCAGGAAGCUGAAAAUCCAAUUGGAUUAAAUAAUGCAAACAGUAAUGAGAAUGUAGCUGGAAAUGAACCUCAGAACAGGCAAGAAGGUGAAAAGGAGAAUGAAAAUGUAUGUUCCUCAGCUCCCGAUAGUUUAAAAGAAAUACAUGACUUGCUAACCGUAGAAAUAGUGCCAACUGAGAAGAAUCCUGAAAAUCGGGAAGCUUUGCCAUGCAAAGCCAAUGAUGCAAACCAUGUUGAUGUACACAAUGAAUCCAGUCCAAAAAUGGAUGAACUUUUGAAGGAUAUAAGUGAAACAAAUGGAGAAGACAACACAUCAAUAGUUGAAUCCAUGGAAGGUCAACAGGAGAUAAUUGGGAAACACGAAGAACAAAACGUGCUGGUGCCAGCUGAGGAUCUUGUGGAAGGCCAGAAUGAGGAGGAAAAUGAACUGAAGAGCUUGACUCCAACAACUGAUGAAUUGGUGGAAGGUCAGAAUAAAGAUGAUAAGGAAUGGAAGGGCUUAUCAUCAACAGUCGAUGAUCUUGUAGAAGAUCAGUGCAAGACAGAGAAUGAGAAUGAAAGCUUACCAUCAGCAGUUGAAGAAGUUGUGGAUGUUCAGCAUAAAGAAGAUAAUGAAUGCAAAGGUCUACCAUCAACAGUUGAUCAACUUCAGGAAAGUCAAGAUAAGGAAGAUAAUGAAUGCAAGACCAUGCCAAUGGUUAAUGAUCUUGAAUGCAAGACCUCGACCAUGGUUAAUGAUCUUGUAGAAGGUCAAGGCAAGGAGGACAAGGACUCGCAUGAAGACUUAUCAACCACACUUAAUGAAGGAUCACAAGGACAAGGUGAGAUGAUUGCAGAACCCGAAAAAGAAGACAUGCCACAAAAAAUCAAUGUCUGUUUGGAAAAUGAGCCUUCCACUGAUGGUGUUGAGUCUAAAGCAGUUUCUGGGAGUGCCCCAAUAUUGAGCAAGGAAGAAGCUCAAGAAAUUGGUUCUGUACACACAGAAGAUAUCGAAGUGCUACAUGAUGCUUCUGAGAAGGAGGAAGUAGAAAAGUCUGAAUCGGGAUGAACUAAAGAAACUAAAGAGAUGACAAGAAUUCUCAAAUGUAGAUCAUAAUUGAUGUGGAUGCAGAGGCAAAGACAUUAACAAUGUAACAUGAUUGUGACUGUCGUAUCGCUGCAUAAAACCAAUCCAUCGAAUCACCAGAAACUGAAAUAAUGGAACUUUAAGCCCAAUCUCCAUAAAAUCAAUUGUAAUGUGAGAUGUCCAAGAUGCCAAAAUCCCAUCUUCCAUUUGAUUUGGAUUAUUUACCUAGACUCAGUGCUUUCCUGAUUGCACCAGGCAUUCCAGAUUAUACCGAACAUUAUUGUUCAUUGCCCAUUUCUAUAUGCGUGCUUCACCUGGCUGUGCAGAUUGAACUACUUUGACAGAAGAAGUAAAUUCUCUUAUCAAAGUGACUCAACCACGAGUACAUGAAUAUGAAGAAAGUAGAAAGAGUUGAGUUGAAUGAAACAGGUUUUCUGGAAGAGAUAGCUAUUGUGCAAAUUCAAGAAACUUGGAACAUUUAAUGAUUAACUUCUUUGGUAAUCAUGUUAUGUGAUGAUAACGAGAAUAUCUACAGAAUAUAUUCUUUUUAAGUGUUCAAAUAAUGGGCUAUCUUCAUGAAGGAUCAACAGGGUGGCUGCUUCCAUGUAAUAUACACUGAAACAGUUCCUGAAAUGUUCUGCUGUAUACACGCUGUCUAUGUGGAAUGCCAUGCAAUGAUUUGUAUCACUCUGUUCAUGGUACAGAAUGCACAGAUUCAGAGAGCAUAGAAUUAUACAACAUAGAAGCAGGCCCUUGGAUCCACCAUGCCCCUGCUGAACUUUUUGUCCAUCUACAUAAAUCCUAUUUGCCUGCCUCCUUUACUACCAUGGCUAUUUAAGUGCCUGCUCGAUGUACUUAGUUACAGUAAGUGCCUGAAUUCAUUAUGGUUUUAGCCAUGUAUAAAACUGUAACUGUUUAAUAGAGUGCGCAGUUACACUAGUACCAAAAAUAAUUUGGAAUUCAGAGCUCUGUAUAAAUAAUGACGCAUAUUUAACUGCAGAUACUGAAAUAUUACAUAGAACGCAAAGUGCUGGAGUAACUCAGUGGGUCAGGCAGAAUCCCUGGAGGACAUGGACAGGCGACGUUCAGAGUCAGGAGAACCCUGUCAGAAGGAGUAGAGGAAAGAACUGCAGAUGUUGGUUUAAAUCGGAGAUAGACACAAAAUGCUGGAGUAACCUAGCGGGACAGGCAAUAUCUCUGGAGAGCAGGAAUGGGGGACGUUUCGGGGUCUGAAGAAGGGUCUUGAUCCGAAACGUCACCCAUUACAUCUUUCCAGAGAUGCUGCCUGUCCUCCUGAUUUACUCCAGCAUUUUGUGUCUAUCCUGUCAGGAGAGUCUGGACCCAAAACAUCACAUGUCAAUGUUCUCUAGAGAUGCUGUGUUACUCCAGCACUUUGUUUUCUCUCUAUGUAUUAAUUCCUAUCUUUACACAACUUACCACUCAUAAUACUGCUGUGACUAGUUUAUGGAAGUUUGGCAAUCUUACAACAGUCCUGGUGUGGAAUGUGCUGUAAGGCAAGCUACUGUUGUCACUUUGGUACAAACUAAAGCAGGACUGACUACAUCAAGUGGAAUGUUUUUGCUGCACCUUUGUUUCACCUUUUACACAGUGAAAUUUGCAGCUUAUAGUUAUAAAUCAUCAAAUGAAAACUUAUCAGCUACCUAAAAGAAAACUAAAGCUGACCAUUCACUUCAUUUCACAAAAGGGAACAAAUGAAACAUUUCCAUUUACCUUACAAUAGGAGAAAUAGGCCAAUAAAAUGAGUGCAUGCAUGUCCCAUACCACAUUCAAACUUUUUUGGCUAAGAAGAUUUAAUGAUUACAGCUUUCAAUUUUGGCGUAGGAAAGGAAUGAAAGAAGGGCUUCUUUGAAGUGAGGGCUCACUCCAAGCUGUUGCAUGUGAGUCCCUACCACUUCCUAAAACUAGAGAUGAGUGAAAGUAUGUGCUUCGUGGCAUCUAAAAAAGUGGGGAGCACAUUUUAAAUGGAAAAAAAUAAACAAAAUAGCCGGCGGCCCAGGUUCAAUAUAAAACUAUAUAGAGCACUAAAUGAUAAGGAGAAAAAUCUAAAACAAGACUAUCACUUCAUCCAUUGAUAUAUUGCCUCUUAGAUCAGCUCACUCCAUUUAAAAAUGACAUAUGAAAUACUUAAUUGCACCGAUCUGAUUCAUGUGAGAAAAGCUGAAAUGAAAUGCUAUCUUUAGUUAAUAACAAGAAAAGAACACCUGUUCCUGUAUCCUUCAUUAGAACAACGUAAGGUCAUUCACUGGGAAACAAAAGAACUCUUCAGAUAGAGGCAGUACAAUCAUUGAAAUUACACCAGUGGUCAAUUAUACAGUAAACCAUUAUGAAGUAAAAAAAAUGUGCUCGUCUCUUCUCCUCUUUCAAAUUUUGCUACUUUCAGCUACAAAAAGAGAAAUGCGAGUUAAGUCUAAUUUGAUUAAGGGGGCCUGGUAGUUUCCACAGAGUUAAAGUGGCAUUUCAAUAAUAAAUGGAUCUCAGUGCAAAAUGGACACUUGUGUAAGGUUCAAUUAAUUGUUAAAUCCAUCUCACAUUAAAACAAUUUAAAAAUUGUUGCUAAAUUUAAUGAUGUAAAAAAACAAUUUCACUUUUGUCUACACUUCUCUUAUAGAUUGUUGACAAAGACACAACUGUAUGGUGUUGGUGUCUUCCAUAUUUCACUUAUACCCCUUUACUGGGGGGCUAUCACCUUGAAAACAAGUAAAUAACACGUCAGAAGUGUGUUUCCUGUGAAUUUUCACCACAUAAAAAUUGAGUUGUGCCACAAGAAAAAUCUUAGUAUUGAUUUAAAAGUUAUACUGGGGGAAUGAAAUCUCCAUGACAACAACUUGACAUUAUCUAUUCUACUAGCUUUUAGUUACCCUUACCUUCUGAAGUUUAGUUGAGAUAUAGUUACAACCCUGGCAAAAUGAAUGGGUACAAAUUGCACUAUGUAAGAAUGGAUUCUUCUCACAUUUUCAUCUACUGUGUUUUCACACAAGAGCUACAAGCACUUGCUGUUAGUAUUGUGCCAUAUAUUGUCAAAUCAGAUCCUCACCUUGGUGAUUCUAGCAUUUGCAAGGACAUAAAAAGCAAAAGCAGGAAUUGGGCAUCGAGUUAUUUGCACCUUCUCUGCCAUUCAAUGAGGAUCAUGGCUGAGUUUUAACCUCAGAGCUACUAUCCAUGAGAAACCUCGUAGGUGUUUAAUACCCUGAAUUGGUCAGUGUCUGAGCUUCCGCAGCCCUACUAGAUAGAGAAUUUCAAAGACUCGCUUUCAUCUGUGUGAAAAAAAUUCUCCGCAUUUCAGUCCUGAAUGGUUGAACGCUGGGUUCGAGACACCACAGCCAGGAAAAACAUCGUUCAUGUGUCAAGCUCCAGAAAUAUUUUGUAUGUUUCAAUGAGAAUUCCUCUCAUUCUUCGAAUAUCCAGAGUAUAGAUCUAGUUUAUUUAAUUUAAUCCCUGCAUUCCAGAAAUCAAUCUAAUGAACCUUUGUGACUUUCCCUCUAAUAUGCUUCCUUAGGACGUGAGAUCAGAGCCCGUAUACAAUAGUCCAGGUGAGGUCUCACCCACGGUUCUGUAUAAAUUUAAUAAGCCAUCUUUAUUCUUGCACAUAAAAUCUCUGACGAUAAAGGUCUAUGUAUCCUUUGCCUUUCUAUUUGUUUGAUGUACCUGCAUUUAACUUUCAAUGAUUUAUAUACACGAUAAGCUGGUCUUUCUGGAUGCUGACAUCUUUCAAUCUCUUAUCCUUUUUCAAAUGUAGUAUUUUUCUAUUUUGUUUACUGUCAUUUUAUGUUCUUAAUUUAAAACACUGAUCCCAAGCCUCUCCUGCGAUCGAAGGAUAAAAUUGAUGGAAUCACAUAUAAUAUUUUAAUCAGUUUUCCACGUUCUGAAAUUUGUUUAAGAUUUCUGCUGUAAUUGACACUUCAACACUUGAGAUUGGAAAUGGAAGUAGUUACCUUUUGAAGAAAUUAAAUUCUCAAUAAUUUGACUGUGCAUGAACUUUAAAUGUACAGCCUUGUUGCUAUUGCACGGCAAAAGCAAGGAGGCUCUGGAAACAAUUUAUCUGUCUUUAAAUGUCUUCUGUAAUUAUGUAUUUCUGAUUUAAUUUGAAUAUAUAUGUUGACACUGAAGAAAGUUACAAAACUGAAUAUUUUAACACAAUGCUUUGUUUGGAAUAGAUAAGCUCUUUCAAGACUCUGUUAAGAACCCAUUUUUUCAUUACUGGAGAUAAUCUUUCUAAAUAAAUAAGUGAUCAUUCAAAAUCCACUUUCAAACUCUGUGGUUAUUAAGAAAUAAAGCUUCAUCCAUCUGCUGCGGGAAAAUUGCCUAAUAAAUAAAAGCUUCAUCAUGAAGGGUCCACAA